UGUCGUCCGCACACAAUGGCGAUGCGCACUCGCGCUGGACGGAGCCGCUGGCGAUGGCGAUCUGGAUUCCACCGUACCUUGGAGCUGUCGUGGAUGGCGAUGGCGAUGCGCAUCCGCGGAAGAUGGAGCCGUUUUGCGAAUCCAGCGGGGCAGCGCCGAAGAGGGGUGAUCUGGGUUCUGGUCCCGCUACUCAGCUGCAUCGUGGCGAGAGCUAUGGUCAGUUCGACGACAGCGAGGAUGAGGAGCCUCCGCAGAUGACGACUUCGUCGUUGAGGGACACGCAGCGGUCUGUCCUGGCUGACGCUCGGGUUCGAGAGGAGCUUGCGGCAGCUGCAGGAAAGGUGGCAGUCUCUUCAAAGGUGGACUUGAAGACUAGCGAGGGCCAGGGUACGGAGGAGGGAACCGCGGGCGGCCUGGGCGCGCAAGGCACUCCGCAAAAGAGGAGGGGAGAUCGUAAUGACGAGUUGGUCGGCUCUUCGAAGAAAUUGAAGAGCAAGGCCCCGAGGACUGCGGGGGAGAAACGGAAGAGGACCGAGGGAGAGCAGGGCCGGCAGGGUACCAAACGUCCGGCUUCAAAACAGAAUCAGCCUGUGCUUGGACCAUCCUCUUCACCGACGCCACAACCUCCCAUCGACGUCAACGCCAAGUACUUCCUCGAGUACAAAUACGGCGUUAGGACAAAGCGGGAGUUCGACAUUAGCCCUGCGCAGGUCGUUGACCUUGGGGAGUGGGAGGAUCUGUACAACCAGCGGUCCCUGGAUCCCGUCCUCGUUGAAGGGAUCAAAGAAGCGAUGCGGUUGGUGUUCGAAAACAAAGAGCAGUCGUAUGAGUUGCCAACCCUGAAGCUGGCAAUGUUGGGGCUGCAGAAACCGACUCCUGGGGUCAAGGCACAACGUCUGAGGCCGGAGGAAUGGAGGGAUGAGCUAGCGGGACAAUACUACUACUACGCAGUGUGUGCGCAACACAACGCGGCUGCAGUGAGGUCGUUGCUCGGCAACGAGGUGGCCAAUAAAUAAAUUUCGAGCGGUGGCCGGCAUGAAUGGUGUACUUUUCGGACGACGACUUUGAAGGGUACUUCCUUGUUAGUUCCCAGGACAACAAGAACGACCUCAAGGCACCCUCAAGACAACUGAAGCUGUCAAUGAAAGACAUUUGGUGGC